CACUGAAUCAGCUGAGUUUGAGGAUCCCACCCCGAUAGGACUGUGAACCCGUACCCUAAGGAUGAUUACACAUCCUUUAGGACAAACAACAUGCUUCUUACACCUUUACUCUGAUACACACUAGCGUCAGAGAAGCAUUAUGAGGCCAAGUUUGUCGCUUUUUUGAGUCUGACAGUCUUUGAGGCGAGUGUUCAUUGGCGCAUCCUGGGUUUGUUUUCGCUGUUGACUGUGCUGAACAUGCUGGAAUCUGACUGAUCUAUCAUGGAUCCUGAAGAGUUAGAACUGCAGAAUGACUACCGUUACAGGAGCUAUGCAGCGGUCAUUGAAAAGGCGCUGCGAAACUUUGAGUCGUCCACCGAGUGGGCAGAUCUCAUCUCCUCCUUGGGCAAGCUCAAUAAGGCCCUUCAGAGUAACCUUCGCUACUCCCUCCUUCCCAGGCGACUGAUCAUAGGAAAGCGUCUAGCCCAGUGCCUGCACCCGGCCCUGCCCAGUGGAGUGCACCUAAAGGCUCUGGAGACCUAUGAGGUUAUCUUUAAAAUUAUCGGAACCAAAUGGCUGGCCAAGGAUCUGUUCAUUUACAGCUCUGGCUUGUUCCCACUGUUGGGCCAUGCAGCCAUGGCAGUCAAGCCUGUCCUACUGACUUUGUAUGAGCGUUACUAUCUCCCACUGCAAAGAGCUUUACUUCCCAGCCUUCAGGCCUUCAUAACUGGUUUGCUGCCUGGGCUAGAGGAGGGCCUGGAGGUCUAUGACAGGACUGAUGCUUUGCUGUUGAAGUUGUCACUGCUGGUGGGUCAGCAGGUCUUCUACGGAGCCCUGUGGGGCAGCAUGUUGGUCAGUCCAAUGGUUCGUCUGCCAGCCUCGGUCUUUAUAGUCACACACUUUGACCGCAUGGUGCCCCUGAAUCAGCAGAGACAUAUGCUGGGCUAUGACCACCACCUGGUGGUGAAGUCAGUAUGUCUGUCUCUGCAAGACUCUAAUGUUCUGGUUCAGAGGAACAUGUUGGAAAUCCUGCUCUACUUCUUCCCCUUUGCUACAUGCCAGGACCCAGCAGAGGCCAGUAUUCCGAUGAGUGCUGAAGACAUGAUAACAGUGGUGUCGGCAGCGUUGCUCACACUUCUCCGCAGAGAUAUGUCCCUUAACAGACGCCUCUAUGCCUGGCUCCUAGGUACAGAUAUAAAAGGGGAAAUGGUUGCACCUCACCCCACUCUCUCCACCACUAAAGAGGAUCAUACAACUUUCUACUUCAACACCUACUCAAAAGAUUACCUUGUAAAGGCUCUGACUAACAUCAUCAAACAGAAGGAUAUGGAAAGUGACCCAGAAAAUGUGAUUGGAUACCUGAGACCAUUUCGCAUCAUCAUAAGUCUGCUGGAUAAACCAGAGAUAGGUCCAGUGGUCUUGAACAGUGUGUUGUUAGAGGUGGUCCGAGCCUUCUACAGCUACUGUCGAGAGAUGCUGGGUGAAGAAAACAUCAGCAGCUCAGGACUCUCAGGCAAUCAGUUAACCAGUAAGAUAAAAGAGAACAAGAACGCAUCGGAGAUUAUAAAGACGAUGAAUAUGCUUGUGAGCUCCAUGAACAGUGAAUACUUGUGGGAAUACAUGACCCAAUGCUUCUGUACCUCUUUCAGUUACAAGGACGACCCUUCAACUCCUCCUCAGGAGAACCAUGGUCACCCUGCUCCCUCUGUCACAGAGAUGUCCCAUCUCAUUAUUUUCCUGCUUGAUGUUAUACCUUUGGAGCUUCACGCUGAUAUUCAGUCCCAGUUUCUCCCUGAAAUGCUGGGCACCAUGCUGCGGACUUUGCGCAGCUACCUAUCCUCCGUCAGCCUUGAAAACAUCACACAGGGCCUGAGAGCCUCCUUCAAGGUCCUGAGUAAGAUCCAGAUGCCUGUGGCUUAUAUGGAUGUUGAGGCAGGAGUAAACACACAUGAGAUGGAUUCACAAACACAAGAAGAGGAACGCAAACACACCCAGGAUAUCACUGAAGACAGAGAACAAGAUGGCCGUGUUGCUCAGGUUAAUGGUUACCAUAGAGAUGAAGAGACAAACAGAGAUGGGGUAGAGGAGGCGGAGCCUGCAGAUGGCAUGUACCCACCCCUCAGGUCUGAGGACAGUGGACUGGGCAUCAGUGCUUCUCCGUCAGAGCAGCAUCUCCCACCCCUGAUGGGGCUGGGGGCUGAGGGGAGUGAAAUCAACCGAGAAGGUGAAGGAGUGUGGAGGAGAGGAGGGAGUGUGGACACCAUGACCCAGUGUCUGCAGGACAUCCUGGCCUUCAUAACCACAAGAUUCUUGCUGGUGCAGGUGGAAGAUGUCAGUAGACAGGAGGAGGUUCAUCAGCCUCCCCUCAACCCUGGCUCCGUGGAUCAAAAGAAUCUGCUGGCAAGCAAAGCUGGAAAGGAAAUAAAAGACAAGCUGACUGAGCUUUUCUCUCCUAACAAACUAAAAUCCCAGCCCACUUCUGACACUCCUGUCCCAGCAGUCUUUAGUGAGAGGAAAAAGGAGCGUGGGCGUUCAGGGUGUCUGGACUGGGCGGGUGGGUACAUGCCCCGUGGGAAGGCAGAGAUCUCAGAGGCCUGUCGUCAGGCUUUCACCGCCACCUGCCACCUCCUGCUGGAGUGCACCACCUUCCCUAUCUACCUAAGCGAAGAGGAGACGCUGACUCUACACACAGACAUGUUUGGUCAAUCAGGCAGUAACGUGGACAGCCUGCCAGUGUGGCUGAGGUCCUUGAUGACCCUGUGCUGCCUAUCCAGGGACUACAACAUCCAGCACACUGCAGUGGCCUCCUUGUUGGAACUCAUCAACCACUCCCAGUCCUUAGCACUGGUCAUCCAGGACAAACAUAAGCGCUACCAGAGCUCUGACUCUAAUCCUCUGAGUGGGCGGCUGCAGAUGGUCACAGUGCCACCCAUCUACCCUGCACUGCUGAGGGCCAUAGAAGAGGGCACAGAUUUUUAUCAGAGGGUGUCCCAGGUGCUAUGGAGCCAACUGGACACAGAGCGAAGAGAGCAGCACAUCUCCUGUGUGGAGCUCUUCUACAGGCUUCACUGUCUGGCUCCAUCAUCAUCGAUCUGUGAAGACAUCAUCUGCCGGGCACUACUACACAAAGACAAGGCUACUAGACUGGAGGCACUGCACCGCUUCACGGUUCUUUGGCAUCUUACUCGGGAGAUUCAGAACAACCGGAGUAUGUCCCUUAAUCGCUCCUUUGACAGGUCUUUGUGUGUUGUGGUGGACAGUCUAAGUUGUACAGAUGGCUCCAUAGCUGCAGCAGCCCAGUGUUGGCUGGUCAGAGCUCUGUCUCUCAAUGAUGUGAUUCGGAUCUUGGAGCCAAUCCUCUUGUUGCUGCUUCAUCCCUCCACUCAGCGAUGCUCUAUUCAGAGUGUCAAACAGAAUUUUACUGCUGGGAACAUAAAGGUUCUAAACAGCAGAAGUCGAAGCUCCAAAACAUCUGGGACAUCUGCAGAGGCCAUGGCAACUGAGGUCACCACCUUAAAUCUCAUGAAUAUUGUGGACCGAGAAUCUCUGUGGGGAGAGUUAGACAACGGUCCAGAGUUGACCAAACCAACAGACAUUUUAGUGGCAUCAAGGAGUGAGAGUGAAGAGACAGAAGAAGAGGAUGAUGAAGAGCAGGGGGAUGAGGAGGAGGACGGUGAGAGUGAACACACUGAGUCAGCUGACACCAGUGGGGCCCAGGUAUCCACAGAGAACUCUAGCUCUGGCUCUGUACCCUACCGCAGCAUCGAGGAAGGAGGAAUGUUCAAUGGCCUGCGCAGGGCCGAGUCUGAACACACGCAGGCGUCUGAUUCGCUGUCAAGUGAGGAUGAAGAGGAUCAUGAACUGGAAGCCAUGGCCAGGUCUCGCCUGUUGAAACAGGAGCGUGAGAAGAGAGAGGCCAUUGACUCCCUGUUCCGCCAUGUGCUGCUGUAUCCUGUGGCUGGUGGAUGGCAUCACCUGCUCCAGGGCUUGGCGCUGCUGGACAGCCUUCUGAGGAGCAGCGCUGAGUGUCCUCUGGUUGAUGCCCUUUCAUCCACUUCUCUAGACACAAGCUCUGCUGCCCAUCUGAACCUGGUCUCUAACCUUUUGCAGCGCCACCAACAGGCUCAGGAUGGAAAAGGCUUCUAUGGCAACCUGCUUUCCCCUUCCUCCUCCCCUUCUGUUCCCCCAUCCCUGCUCAUUGAAUUGCUGGUGUCCUUGUGCCUACGCUUCCUGCGCUCUCAUUACCCUUCCUACCUCAGUCUGGGACCCCACGACCUGCAGGGAAACAGGGAAGUUCAGGUGAAGAGUGUGGAGGUGCUUACUCGGAUUGUGAACCAGCUUGACUUCAUGGCACGCGGAAACAAUGGGCCCAGUCUGGAGCUCAUCCGCAGGCUCCUCACUGAAUGCAAAGUGCAGCAAUACGCUCUGCUUACUCUGUCUGCAUCCAUGUAUGUCAGCCAGAGGGGGGUGGAAAAGGGGGUAAUCAAGCCAGCUGAGUUCCUGGAUGAGCAGGGCAGCCUUCCGGAGGAAAGCCUUGUGAAUCUUGGAGUAGGAGGAGGGCAGGAGCAGUACCCCUUACAAAUGGAACUACUCAAACUCCUUCAGUCUCUCAUCGUCCUGGAAUAUCACAUGUGGCCUGGUGGUGCAGCUGUGUCAGGUGGCACUUCCAGUCAGCCAGGGGAGCCUCGUGAAACUCCCACUGCCAGCACACCUCUUGCUCGUGAGUGGCAGACUGCAGUCCUUUUCCAGCAGUCCAUUAAGGCAGCCCAGUACGUACAAAGUCAUCCCAUCACAGCCCAAGGAAUGUUUGUUUCUGCUGCUGCCAGGGCGCUGCAGCCACAGUAUGGUUAUGCCAUGCACCCUCACUGGGUGUCACUGCUGUGCUCCUCUCUGCCCUACCUGGGCCGCUCAUUAGGCAUCAUUGUGGCUCCUUUCAUCAAUCAGAUCUGUAGGAACUUGGAUGAGCUAGUCAAGCUUUACGAUCAUGAUGGAGGAAAGACCAAUCAGAGCCUGAUUAGCAGGAAGGAGAACAUUGCUCCCGAUUAUCCCCUGACUCUCCUCGAAGGCCUGACCACCAUUACACACUUCUGUCUCCUUGACAACAAGAGGUCCCUGGUUGCAUGUGAUCCUAUAGAUGUCCGUAAUGCACGCAAUGCUGUGAUCGAGGCGCUACCACACAUGCUCAGUAGUAUGGCAUUGCUGUGGAGUGUGGUGAUUAGGGAAGAGUUUCAGCGGCGGGCAUCAGACUCUGCCCAGAGUAGCAGACACAGUUCUACAUCUGUCUACUUUAAAAGCACCAAGAUUCUUCGGCAGCGGAUACUGGAGUUUCUGGUUCCUUUAACGGGCCAGUACGGCGUUCAGCUGAUGGCUUCACUGGGAGCAGUGUGGAGCAGCAGGAAGAGUAAAAGGAGACCCAAGAACAAGGUUUUACCUGUAGCCAGUGAGGCUCGACUAAUUAUUGUGGAUCUGGUGAAAUCAUUCAACACAUUGCACACAGAUACCAUCCUGCACCUGGUCAAAGAGGUGGUGAAAAAACCACAUCAAAUCAAAGGAGAACAAAAGUCGACCCUAGUAGAUAUCCCCAUGUUACAGUUCAGCUUCACCUAUAUCCAGAGUAUUUCAGGUCAAGCGCUGCAAGAAAAUGUUGCUCCUCUCCUCACUCUGUUGAGAGAAUCGGUUCAGCUAAACCUGGCCCCGCCCGGGCACUUCUUACUUCUGGGAAUCCUCAAUGAUUUUGUCAACAGACUUCCCAACCUGGACAACAAGAAGGAUGCUAGAGAUCUGCAGAUGGUGCAGGAGGUGACCCAGAGGAUUCUCGAGGCAGUGGGUGGGAUUGCAGGUUCAUCUCUGGAACAGACCAGUUGGCUCAGCCGCAGCCUCGAGGUCAAAGUUCAGCCACAAAUCUGCCCAGAAGCUGAAGAAGCUGAUGACAUAGAUGUAGAUGGUGACAAUUAUGAGUCAGUGGCUCAGGCUAGUGCCAUGGUGUCCUCCUCAGCUCCGUCCGUUUACAGUGUGCAGGCUCUUGUUCUUCUGGCUGAGAUUUUGGCACCGCUUCUGGACAUGGUAUAUCGCAGUGAUGAGAAGGAAAAAGCCGUUCCUCUCAUCUCUCGGCUCAUGUACUAUGUUUUCCCCUACCUGAAGAACCACAGUGCCUACAACAUGCCCAGCUUUGAAGCAGGUGCUCAGCUGUUGAGCAGUCUGAGUGGGUAUGCCUACACCAAACGGGCCUGGAGGAAGGAGGUCUUUGAGCUCUUCAUGGACCCCCUCUUCUUCACCAUGGAUGCCUCCUGUGCACACAGCUGGAAAUCCAUCAUCGACCACCUGCUUACUCAUGAGAAAACCAUGUUUAAAGACCUCAUGAGCAUGCAAAGUAGCUCCUUGAAACUGUUUAAUAGUGGGGACCAGAAACCGAUGCUGCUGAAGCGACAGGCAUUUGCAAUGUUCAGUGGAGAACUGGACCAGUACCAUCUCUAUCUGCCCCUCAUCCAAGAGCGUCUCACUGAGGCUCUGCGUAUGAAUCCAAGCCCUGCUGUUUCAGCUCAAAUGUUCUUGAUGUUUCGUGUUCUUCUGCUGCGCAUCUCAUCCCAGCACCUCACAUCCCUUUGGCCGAUCAUGGUGACAGAACUGAUCCGCAUAUUUGCUCGUCUUGAGAAAACUCUGCAAAUAGACAAAGAAGUCUCAAAGCUGACCAAAGUGGUUCGUGGUGACAGGAAUGGGCCACUGAAUUUCUCUCAGCCAGACUUAGACAUGUACCUGUCAGCCUGCAAGUUUCUGGACACUUCCCUGGCUUUUCCGCCUGAAAAGAUGCCACUCUUUCAGAUGUAUCGUUGGGCGUUUGUCCCUGAGGUGGAUGUCAACCGUUACAGCGGCCCAGAGACGGCGCUGAUUGAGGGCGAGCAGGAGUGCACACCCCAUGUUGUCAAAAUACUCGAAGGAAUUCACCAGCGAUACGGGGCAUUGAAUGGACUGAGCGAGGAGUCAUCCACAGAGUAUUUGGAGUUCCCCCUCCUCACCCAGCGCUCCCUGACAUCCAUCACCCAGCUGUUGCCUUUUCUUUGCACCCUCUGCUCUUCCUUCCAGGGUGGGAAACCUAUGCCCCACUUCCCAGUAGCAGACUACCCGGCAGCCAGUUCAGACACGGUCCUGAAAAGACUGGAGCGAAUAACUGAGGAAGAGUUCCUGGACUCGAUGGAGAGUUAGAACUCAAGUGCUAAGCUUUCAAGAACUAAAAACUAAAUCCUCUCCUUAAGCUUUGAAAACUUAUGGGAAUUGCCUGCAGCCAUAUGAGGGCACAACUGGUGAUAAUGUUGUAUUGUGAACCAUGAAAAGGAAAAGUUUUGAAUUUCUUAUGUUUUAACUUGUUUGAAUCAAGUACCUCUGAGGUGUUCUUGCACUGAAUCAGUAUUUUUAAAAACUAGGUGUUUCCAACUGGUUGCCUCAUUAUCCUUAAAAAAAUAAGUAAAAAGGCAAAAAGUAUCCACAUUGAGAAUUUGUUGUAAUGUUAAUUCAAGUCCAUGAUCGUAGAGUCAUAAAAUAUUUCCACAUAACAAGUUGUGAAAAACGACUUUAAAUUAUUAACAGUAAGGUAGCUACUCCAUAAUUUUGACCUGACAGCAGAUUCAGUGUGUAGAACCUCAUUAAGUAUUGGUAAUAUGUUCUUGUGACUUUAACUCUUGUUAACUACAUUCGCUAAUAUGUUCGUCUGACUCUGAGAAUGUAAAGUUUGUGUCUUGGGCUGCUGUUCAGAGGUAUUUUCUCUUUAACUGUUAUUAAAAAAUGUUUUUUAGCACCUCACAGGCCCUUCUUUAAGAUUUAUGUUAAGAUUUGUAUUGUUAAGUUUCUGAAUGUAACUCAUGUUCAACGGGAAAACUUGUAUGUACCUUCUAAAAACACAAACCGGUACUUGCCAUUUUGGUGUCCAAGGGAAUUCAGCAAUUAUUUGUUGUUGUUCAUAGGUAAUUUUUGCAACUGCAAUUUGUCUUGUUUCCAUACUGCUGAAUGUUUAAGUAAUUUAUUUUGGGAGCUUAAAUGAUAAUCUGUCAAGUUUUAAAUUAUUAGAAAGAGGACUCAAUAAACAACAAGCUUGA